GGGCCGCCCUGGGCCCCAUCCGGCCCGAAGCCCGGCCGCGGCGACGCCGGGGGCAUGGAGCCCUUCCUCAGGAAGCGGCUGACCUUCCUGUCCUUCUUCUGGGACAAGAUCUGGCCGGUGGCGGCGCCGGACGACGGGCUCCCCGGGCUCCCCGAGCGCACGGCGGACUUCAGCGCGCGGGGCGCGGGGGAGCUGAGCGUCCGCCGCGGGGACCGGCCGUGCGCCCUCAGGGAGGACGGCGACUACCUCUUGGCGCGCAGGCUCUCGGGCCCGCCCAGCCCCGGGCCGGUACCGCUCAGCCACCUGGCCAGGGCCGCCCCGGAGCCGGAGCCGGAGCCGGAGCCGCUCCCGGACCGCCCCUGGUACUUCAGCGGCAUCAGCCGCGCCCGCGCACAGCAGCUGCUCCUGUCUCCCGCCAACGCGCCCGGGGCCUUCCUCGUUCGGCCCAGCGAGAGCAGCCACGGGGACUACUCGCUCUCAGUCCGGGCCCAGGCCAAGGUUCGCCACUACCGCAUCUCCGCGGCCGCCGACGGUCUCUACCUGCAGAAGGGCCGGCUCUUCCCCAGCCUGGAGGAGCUGCUCGCCUACUACGCGGCCAACUGGAAGCUGAUCCGGAACCCGCUGCUGCAGCCCUGUGUGGCCCAGGGAGCGGCAGGCGGAGGCUCGGGGUGCCCCCCGCCCCCUCAGAAGCUCCCCCAGCAGGACGAGUGGGAGCGGCCUCGCUCAGAGUUUGCCCUGCGGAGGAAGCUGGGAGAAGGCCACUUCGGGGAGGUGUGGGAAGGCCUGUGGCUUGGCUCCACGCCGGUGGCCGUCAAGGUCAUUAAAUCAGCCUACAUGAAGCUGGCGGACCUCGCCAAGGAGAUCCAGACACUCAAGAGCCUGAGGCACGAGCGUCUCAUCCGGCUGCACGCCGUGUGCUCGGCUGGCGAGCCCGUGUACAUCGUCACCGAGCUCAUGCGCAAGGGCAACCUGCAGGCCUUCCUGGGCGGCCCCGAGGGACGGGCCCUGGGCCUGCCCGUCCUGCUGAGCUUUGCGUGCCAGGUGGCUGAGGGCAUGAGCUACCUGGAGGAGCGGCGCAUCGUGCACCGGGACCUGGCGGCCAGGAACGUGCUUGUGGGCGACGACCUGGCCUGCAAGGUGGCUGACUUCGGCCUGGCCCGGCUGCUCAAGGAGGACAUCUACUCCCCAAGCAGUGGCUGCAAGAUCCCUGUCAAGUGGACGGCGCCCGAGGCAGCCAACUAUCGCAUCUACUCCCCGAAGUCAGACGUCUGGUCCUUCGGGGUCCUGCUCUACGAGGUCUUCACCCACGGCCAGUGUCCCUACGAAGGGCUGAGCAACCACGAGGCCCUGCAGCAGGUGACUCGAGGCUACCGGCUGCCGCGGCCCGCCGCCUGCCCGGCCGAGGUCUACACGCUCAUGCUGGAGUGCUGGAAGGGCAGCCCCGCGCGGCGGCCGGCCUUCGCCACGCUGCAGGACAGGCUGAGCGCGGCCCACGGGCGCCUCCGCCCUGCUCACACGUGACCCGCGGCGCCGGGCAUGGGGCUGGGGCCGGGCCUCCCUGCGUGGCCUGUGCCCGCGGACAGUAUUGGCUGAACGCAUCCGGGUUGCCGGCGGCCUGAAACCGCCCCUGGCCGUGGGCCUCGCACCCUGACACGCCCUGGCGUGCACGCGUGUGCACGAGGAAGGCAGACGCCCGCUCACACAGGAGGGGCUGAGGUCCUCGGCCGGCGUGACCUGGUGUCCCUGGAGAGGGAAGGUCCCCGCGUGGGCGUCCAGGGGCUGCCGGGCUGGUUCUGGCCCACAGAGGAGCCCUGCUCCUGGACCCUUCGCGCCCUCUUCCCGACUUUCUGCAGAGUCCCCCUGUGGCCCGUGCUGGGCUCCCAGGCAGACCCCAGGCACAGGGCACACUGGGCCCCCGGGCACAGAGACCGGUGCUCAAGGCAGCACCCUAUAAAUAUACGUGGACUCAGACACACGCACAGACACGCAUUCUGCGUGGGCCGCGACCCCCAGAACCACAGCGGGAGUGGGAGCUGGUUGGUCACAGCAGGAGAGCCCACCCCGUGGCCCAGGGCAUCCUGGUGCCCGGAUCAGGGGACCCUGUUCCCAGGGUGCUGGCCCCCAGCAGGCCCGAGACUCCCUGAGGCUGCGACCCAAGUGGGGGACAUCAGGCCGGGUGGCUGCCCCUGGUGGGAGACCCUUAGAUGGGGCAAAGGUCAGGCAGGCAGGGUGUCCGCCUCGGUGCUGGGGGCGCUGGGAGCCGGCCUGGCUGUGCAGGGUCGGGCGGGGGCGCGGCUGGAUGCCGUGGGGUUCAGGCCGCUGGCAACAACCGGCUCCUGGGAAGGCAGCAGCGGGCGUCCGGGCGGGCCUGCCCCACCUGGGCUGAUCUCCCGCCGGUGGGGACGUCCGGGUGACACACGCGGUGCUGCUUCUCACUCCCCCGCCCGCUCCAGUCACCAUGAGAUGGUGUCCAGGUCCUCGCCCCCCGCGACCCCCGUGAUGGCAACCGUGCCCGCAGAGGGCCCGGGGGACGGGAGGGGAGAGGCAGGCAAAGCGCCCCUGCUUCUUGGGCCUCCGUGCAGUUCGGCCAGCUCUGUACCCUCCCCCCAUCACAGGCCCUGCCCGAGGGCGGGCACAGGGUCACCGGGACCCCAGAGCGGGCACAGAUGCCUCGCAGGGCUGGGGAGGGUGCCGAGGUCACCGCAGGCCAGGGCAGCACGGAGGGAGGGGGCAGGCACUGGCCGGCUAGGCUGGGGCCAGCACCCCUCACCUCGGGAGGGUUUGGCCUGCAGCCCUGGGACCCCUGGGUCCUGCCCUGGAGGGUGGGGGGCCUCCGGGUGAGACAAAGGAGCCGGUGCGGGUGGAGCCGGCCGGGCAGUGGCCUCUGAGGGAAGGAACGUGCUGGGCUCGGAGCCAUGAGUGGGGGUCUCGGCGCACUCCUGGCGUGUCACCAGCCACAAGCCGAAUGGGUUCGGUGCUCCGGGGCCUCGGGCUGGCCUGGGCGGGGGGGCCCUCCGUCCUCAGUACCCUCCUGCCUCCCGGGGUCGCCCACGGAGAUCCCGGGAGGUGUGCGCUGAGCGACUCACCGAGGUGCCGGGACGGGUCCCCAGGGCACAGGGGACCGGAGCAGAGUGCCCAGGAUUGGGGGUGGAUGCGCAGAGGGGGCACCCCCCCCCCCCGCGCCGCCUGCUGCUGAACUUCCCGAGCAAUACACGUUCCUCUUGAUCCGCAACCGGACUGAGCCGCGGUGACUCCGCUCCCAGGACCACGUCGGGCAGGCAUCACCUGCGCCUCCCCAGCCCUGGGCCUCAGCCAUCUUCGCGCCGACCCCAGGGCGCCCCGGCCGCCCCAGCCCCCUCGGUGGGUGGUGGGUGGUGGUGGCCGGGAGCCCCCAGGGCAGGGAGCGGACGGCAGCGCCCACCUGGGCCUCAGGCAGUGGAGAGCCUCCCGCCCCGCUGGUCCGGAGCCCCCGCAGGUUGGGCCGGGGUGACCUCCCACAGGCCCUGUCCUUCCCCCUCCCCCUCCCGCCUCACUCCCACCUGAGCCCCCACGGCUGGCCGGGACCCCAGGAAGGGCCCAAGCGGC